AGCCUCCGGUGCUGACGGAGAUGCCGAUAUCCUCCACAGCCUUUUCUCGAGAGGACAUCAAUCUGCCCUGUGAGGCCACUGGUAACCCGAGACCCAUUUUCCGCUGGGUGAAGGACGGGGAGCCGUUCGGGGUGGAGCGUAAAGAAUCCGGGACGUUGCGAGCCGAAGACGAUGAGCCCCUCGAAACGUAUGAAGGCUACUACCGCUGCUACGCCUCCAACAUCCUGGGGACCGCCAUGACACAAACCAUACAGGUCAUAGUGGAGCCUCAACCAGUUCUUCUAAAACAACAAAAAAUACAUAAAAGAGCUUCAGAGGGAGACAGCAUCAUCCUGUCCUGCAACCCUCCAGAAAGCUCGACUCCUCCACUCAUCCACUGGAUGGACAAGAGGAUGGUGCACAUCAAGCAGAGUGACAGAGUGAUGGUCGGCCUGGAUGGGAACUUGUACUUUUCUAAUCUUCUAGUGACUGACAGCAGAGACGACUACAUCUGCCAUGCCCAGUACACAGCAGCCAGGACUAUUCUCCCUGAGACUGCGGUCAGACUCAUUGUCACGCCCAGUAAUGAUGUCGUUCGUGGUAGAAAACCCCACUUCUUCCGUCCCACUGACAUCCACACCUCUGUGCUGGCCCUCAGGGGACAAAGCCUCACCCUGGAAUGCAUCCCCAAGGGCCUACCCACUCCAAAGGUAGAAUGGAAAAAGAAGGACAGUGCGCUGGGUGAAACAAGUGGCAGACUGGAGAGCCACAACCGCAUGCUUCACUUCGAAAGCAUCGCCCUGGAAGAUGACGGAGAGUACGAGUGUACAGCCCUGAACAGCCACGGGUCCGCCACACGCUCCUUCACUGUCACUGUGGAAGCGGCUCCCUACUGGCUGAAGCAGCCUCAGAACCUGCUGUACUCUCCCGGGGAAACUGUGCGACUGGACUGUCAGGCUGAAGGGAUCCCGAAGCCCAACAUCACCUGGAGCAUCAAUGGGGAGCCAGUCGCAGAGGUGGACGACGAUCCCCGUCGGAGUGUAUCGGGUGGUGUGUUGAUACUGAAGGACGUCGAGUACGCUGACACCGCUGUGUAUCAGUGUGAGGCCACCAACAAACACGGCUCCAUCCUCCUCAACACCUACCUCCAUGUCGUUGAGCUUCCUCCUCAGAUCCUGUCCUCUGAUGGAGUGGUGUACAGAGUCACUGAGGGCAAAGACAUCAAGCUGCACUGUGAAUCCUUCGGCUCGCCACGACCACAUGUCACAUGGGAGGGUGAGAACAGGAUUCCUCUGCUGUCGGACCCUCGUGUCUCCCUGCUGACCAACGGGACGCUCGAGCUGUCCAAUGCUGGUCAUGAUGACAGCGGAGAGUACACCUGCUCUGUCAAACACUCCAACAUCUCCAUCACUGCUCACCUGGAAGUCUUCAAUCGAACAGUGAUACUGACGAGCCCCCAGGACGUGCGGACGCUCAGAGGAACCAGCGCUCUGCUGGACUGUCACUUCCUCAUAGACCCUCAGCUGCCUAAUCCCCAGGUCGUCUGGAAGAAAAAUGGACAGAAACUGCAGGCAUCGUCACCAGAUGACAAGUACACUGUCCAUGACAAUGGCACCUUGAAAGUGACUGACAUCCAAGCAGACGACAAUGGUUCUUAUUCCUGUGAAGUCAUCACCGACCUGGACAACAUAGAGGCCAGUGGCUCCAUCACUGUAGUCGCACCCCCGGACCCCCCCAAAGGUCUGACUUUAUCUGAUGUUGAAGACCACAGCCUCACUCUCAGCUGGAUCCCAGGACACUCACACAACAGCCCCAUCACAGAGUUCAUCGUGGAGGCCCGGAAGAGCAGCACACAGAGCAAAAGAUGGCAGUGGGAGGAGUGGAAGAGAGUGCCCGGGGCCUUCAACCAUUUGGAGCUGACCCUCCACCCAUACUGCACCUACCGCUUCCGGGUCAUCGCCGUCAACGAACUCGGCCGCAGUGACCCCAGUGAGCCCUCAGAACACCACAGCACGCCACCAGCUGUUCCUGACCGUAACCCCACUGGUGUGCGCAGUGAGUCCAUAGACCCAAAGACUCUGAUCAUUGCAUGGGAUGAGAUGGACAAGCGGUUCCAUAACGGCCAGGGCUUCCUGUACAAGGUGUCAUGGCGGGAGGCUGGAGGAGCAGUACACUGGGAAAAUGUUGAUGUACAGUCUCCGCCGGUCGUUAUAAACAACACAGGAACGUACACGCCGUUUGAAAUCAAAGUCCGGGCUGUCAACUCACUCGGAGACGGGCCGGAACCAGAGCCUGAGAUCGGAUACUCCGGAGAGGAUGAGCCUGAGGAAGCUCCUACUGGAGUUACAACAACCGUGAUGAACAGCACAGUCAGAGUCAAGUGGAACGAAGCCCAGAAUGUCCGAGGUCUGCUGCUGGGAUACAAGCUCUACAUCAAGAGGUUGGGUCCCCAGGUGCAGAGGGAGCGGAGGUCUCUUGGAAAACAGCAUCAGGGGAAGGAGAAAGAGGGGAGAUUUGAGCAAGGGCAGGAGGGACACAGGGUGGUGCUGGUACCCAGCAUGAAGACCUCAGAGGAGGUAACAGGGCUGCAGCUGUACUCUCGCUAUGAGCUGUCUGUCACUGCCUAUAACAGCAAAGGGGAGGGCCCUCACUCCCCCCCUCACCACUUCAGCACCCCAGAAGGAGCUCCUGGUCCUCCUGCGUCGUUGACGUUUGAGAGCCCAUCAGAGAAAUCGCUGAUUCUCUACUGGACCCCUCCAGUUGAAACCAAUGGCAUGCUGCGGGAAUACAUGGUGCAGUAUCAACGAGAAGUGGAGACCAGAGACCACCUGUUGCAGAUAGAGAGUAUCAAUGAUCCCAGUGUGACUCAAAUUGAGUUGGACAAUCUGGACCCCAGCAGCUAUUACAUCUUCAAAGUCAUAGCACGCACCAGCGCUGGAGAUGGACCCGCCAUCACACGGAGGGGCGCCACCCAGCUUGAAGGAGUUCCUCCAUCCAACAUCUCCAUAGUUUCCGGUAACACAUUACUCAACCUGAGCUGGGUGCCCGGAGAGCGACGCAGGAACCACGCCUUCCACAUCCGCUACCUCAGGAAAAGUGCCGGUGGUCAGUGGGAGGAGUCAGAAGUGGUGAACUCCACGCAGGGUUUCUAUUCACUGACAGGCCUCCAACCAGGAACUCAGUACCACCUUGUGAUCAUGCACGGAAACGACACUCAGUGGGAAGAUGAGCAUUGGACCAUAGGACCAGCGCCGACGGAAAUGCCCAAUAGGUUCCCCGCCCAAGGUUGGUUGAUAGGACUCAUCAGCGCCAUUUUACUACUGGUGCUGAUACUGCUCAUCCUCUGCCUUAUCAAACGCAGCAAAGGCGGCAAAUACGCAGUGAAGGACAAAGAAGAAGAGAUGGACUCAGAAGCUCGUCCGAUGAAAGAUGAGGAGUACAGAUCCCUGGAGAGUGAUCCAGAUGAGAAGCGCUCAGACAGCCAGCCGUCCCUGUGCCCGGAAAGUAAGCUGGGCAGUGACGACUCUCUGGCUGAAUACGGGGACAGCGUGGACAUCCAGUUCAACGAGGACGGCUCUUUCAUCGGCCAGUACAGCGGCCGGGGGCCCGUUCCCCACGGCAACGAGAGCUCUGGUCCCGCCUCCCCCGUUAACGCAGUCCCGCCCCCCCUCGCUCCAUCCAUGUCGAGCAUCCUGAACCGGCCCACCUAGACGCACACAUUACAAAAACACACACAUAUACACUGCCUGCCUGCAACAAAACACAAAGGGACAGACCACUCCUGACUCCACUGCCUGUGAUCUUAUUGUGCAAGAAUACACACAUACAUACAUAUACACUGUCUCAAUACAUUCCACAGGUUUAUGCAGUGAAGAUGUUUACAGGAUGUCUUGCCUUUUCUACUACAAGUUUACACACACACACGCACACACAAACAAACACACCUACAAGCAAACACAUACAACCAGAUAGCCCUUCACUCUUCUAUAAGAAAGAAAGACAGAGGGAGGUGGAGCCAGCUGCACCAGCUGUUUGUAAAUUCAAUAUUAGCCAA